AUGGCUCUGGCAUUCUACGUGCAAGGGGAAAUUGAGCAUGGUCACACAUCACAUAGGCAUGGCCAUGUAUCAGAGGGGCAUACCACAAGUCACAGGAUGUGGUCUCAUGGCAUGCCCAUUCUCAGCAUGGUGGCCAAGCAGAGUACUUGGAGAAAGAGGCCUUCAGACAGAAGGCUGGUCCAUCAGGUCAUCUGUCCUUCUGGCAUUUGCCAGAAGAGCCAGAUUGCCAGUCCAUCCCUUUUUGAGUGCCCCUUUGCCAUUUUGCCGACAAAACAAAAUGUAUCUACUGAAUUGGAAUCAUUCCUUCUGGAAAGUCCCAAAUAUGGACCUCAGCCUGUUAUUCGUGCUUCUUCUGAUUGGGCACUCAGUGAUGGGGGAAUGCAGGAUGGGUCCAUAUCAACAAAUGGCACCACAGUAAACACGUCGGAACUGGAUUCAAGCACGAUGGAAUCUGUAACUGCUGAAUCCACUACAACUUUUAAUAUAAACACAACAAAUACAAAAAUACCCACAAUAAACAAUCUUAAUACUACACAGUUACCUACCACCAGUGCUCUUCCUACUACACAGUUACCUACCACCAGCACUCUUCCUACUACACAAUUACCCACCACCACCACCACACUUCCUAUAACACAAAUACCCACCACCAGUGCUCUUCCUACUACACAAUUACCCACCACCACCAGUGCUCUUCCUACUACACAAUUACCCACCACCACCAGUGCUCUUCCUACUACACAAUUACUUACUAUCAGCACUCUUCCUACUACACAAUUACCCACCACCACCAGCACCAUCACUCUUCCUACUACACAAUUACCCACCACCACCACUACUCUUCCUACUACACAACUACCCACCACCACCAGUCUUCCUACUACACAAUUACCCACCACCACCACUCUUCCUACUACACAAUUACCCACCACCACCACACUUCCUACUACACAAAUACCCACCACCAGUGCUCUUCCUACUACACAAUUACCCACCACCACUAGCACUCUUCCUACUACACGAUUACCCACCACCACAAGCACCACCACCACUCUUCCUACUACACAAUUACCUACCACCACCAGCACUCUUCCUACUACACAAAUACCCACCACCAGUGCUCUUCCUACUACACAAUUACCCACUAUCAGCACUCUUCCUACUACACAAUUACCCACAACCAGCACCAUCACUCUUCCUACUACACAAUUACCCACCACCACCACUCUUCCUACUACACAAUUACCCACCACCAUCACUACUCUUCCUACUACACAAAUACCCACCACAACCACCACUCUUCCUACUACACAAUUACCCACCACCACCACCACUCUUCCUACUACACAAUUACCCACCACCACCAGCAAUCUUCCUACUACACAAUUACCCACCAGCACUCUUCCUACUACACAAUUACCCACCAGCACUCUUCCUACUACACAAUUACACACCACCACCACCCUUCCUACUACACAAAUACCCACCACCAGUGCUCUUCCUACUACACAAUUACCCACCACCAGCACUCUUCCUACUACACAAUUACCCACCACCACCAGCACUCUUCCUACUACACAAAUACCCACUACCAGUGCUCUUCCUACUACACAAUUACCCACUAUCAGCACUCUUCCUACUACACAAUUACCCACCACCACCAGCACCACUCUUCCUACUACACAAUUACCCACCACCACCACUACUCUUCCUACUACACAAAUACCCACCACCACCACCACUCUUCCUACUACACAAUUACCCACCACCACCACUCUUCCUACUACACAAUUACCCACCACCACCACACUUCCUACUACACAAAUACCCACCACCAGUGCUCUUCCUACUACACAAUUACCCACCACCACUAGCACUCUUCCUACUACACAAUUAUCCACCACCAUAAGCACCACCACCACUCUUCCUACUACACAAUUACCUACCACCACCAGCACUCUUCCUACUACACAAAUACCCACCACCAGUGCUCUUCCUACUACACAAUUACGCACUAUCAGCACUCUUCCUACUACACAAUUAAACACCACCACCACCAGCACCAUCACUCUUCCUACUACACAAUUACCCACCACCACCACUCUUCCUACUACACAAUUACCCACCACCAUCACUACUCUUCCUACUACACAAGUACCCACCACCACCACCACCACCACUCUUCCUACUACACAAUUACCCACCACCACCACCACCGCUCUUCCUACUACACAAUUACCCACCACCACCAGCACUCUUCCUACUACACAAUUACCCACCACCACCACUCUUCCUACUACACAAUUACCCACCACCAUCACUACUCUUCCUACUACACAAACACCCACCACCACUCUUCCUACUACACAAUUACCCACCACCACCACCACCACUCUUCCUACUACACAAUUACCCAGCACCACCAGCACUCUUCCUACUACACAAUUACCCACCAUUACCACCACUCUUCCUACUACACAAUUACCCACCAGCACUCUUCCUACUACACAAUUACCCACCAGCACUCUUCCUACUACACAAUUACACACCACCACCACCACCACACUUCCUACUACACAAAUACCCACCACCAGUGCUCUUCCUACUACACAAUUACCCACAACCAGCACUCUUCCUACUACACAAUUACCCACCACCACCAGCACUCUUUCUACUACACAAAUACCCACCACCAGUGCUCUUCCUACUACAAAAUUACCCACUAUCAGCACUCUUCCUACUACACAAUUACCCACCACCACCACCAGCACCAUCACUCUUCCUACUACACAAUUACCCACCACCACCACCACUCUUCCUACUACACAAUUAUCCACCACCACUACUCUUCCUACUACACAAUUACCCACCACCACCACUCUUCCUACUACACAAUUACCCUCCACCACCACACUUCCUACUACACAAAUACCCACCACCAGUGCUCUUCCUACUACACAAUUACCCACCACCACUAGCACUCUUCCUACUGCACAAUUAUCCACCACCAUAAGCACCACCACCACUCUUCCUACUACACAAUUACAUACCACCACCAGCACUCUUCCUACUACACAAAUACCCACCACCAGUGCUCUUCCUACUACACAAUUACCCACUAUCAGCACUCUUCCUACUACACAAUUAAACACCACUACCACCAGCACCAUCACUCUUCCUACUACACAAUUACCCACCACCACCACUCUUCCUACUACACAAUUACCCACCACCAUCACUACUCUUCCUACUACACAAGUACCCACCACCACCACCACCACUCUUCCUACUACACAAUUACCCACCACCACCACCACCGCUCUUCCUACUACACAAUUACCCACCACCACCAGCACUCUUCCUACUACACAAUUACCCACCACCACCACUCUUCCUACUACACAAUUACCCACCACCAUCACUGCUCUUCCUACUACACAAAUACCCACCACCACUCUUCCUACUACACAAUUACCCACCACCACCACCACCACCACUCUUCCUACUACACAAUUACCCAGCACCACCAGCACUCUUCCUACUACACAAUUACCCACCACUACCACCACUCUUCCUACUACACAAUUACCCACCAGCACUCUUCCUACUACACAAUUACCCACCAGCACUCUUCCUACUACACAAUUACACACCACCACCACCACCACCACACUUCCUACUACACAAAUACCCACCACCAGUGCUCUUCCUACUACACAAUUACCCACAACCAGCACUCUUCCUACUACACAAUUACCCACCACCACCAGCACUCUUUCUACUACACAAAUACCCACCACCAGUGCUCUUCCUACUACAAAAUUACCCACUAUCAGCACUCUUCCUACUACACAAUUACCCACCACCACCACCAGCACCAUCACUCUUCCUACUACACAAUUACCCACCACCACCACCACUCUUCCUACUACACAAUUAUCCACCACCACUACUCUUCCUACUACACAAAUACCCACCACCACUCUUCCUACUACACAAUUACCCACCACCACCACUCUUCCUACUACACAAUUACCCACCACCACCACACUUCCUACUACACAAAUACCCACCACCAGUGCUCUUCCUACUACACAAUUACCCACCACCACUAGCACUCUUCCUACUACACAAUUACCCACCACCACAAGCACCACCACCACUCUUCCUACUACACAAUUACCUACCACCAGUAGCACUCUUCCUACUACACAAAUACCCACCACCAGUGCUCUUCCUACUUCACAAUUACCCACUAUCAGCACUCUUCCUACUACACAAUUACCCACCACCACCACCAGCACCAUCACUCUUCCUACUACACAAUUACCCACCACCAGUACUCUUCCUACUACACAAUUACCCACCACCAUCACUACUCUUCCUACUACACAAAUACCCACCACCACUCUUCCUACUACACAAUUACCCACCACCACCACUCUUCCUACUACACAAUUACCCACCACCACCAGCACUCUUCCUACUACACAAUUACCCACCACCAUCACUACUCUUCCUACUACACAAAUACCCACCACCACUCUUCCUACUACACAAUUACCCACCACCACCACUCUUCCUACUACACAAUUACCCACCACCACCAGCACUCUUCCUACUACACAAUUACCCACCACCAUCACUACUCUUCCUACUACACAAAUACCCACCACCACUCUUCCUACUACACAAUUACCCACCACCACCACCACCACCACUCUUCCUACUACACAAUUACCCUCUACCACCAGCACUCUUCCUACUACACAAUUACCCACCACUACCACCACUCUUCCUACUACACAAUUACCCAACAGCACUCUUCCUACUACACAAUUACACACCACCACCACCACCACCACACUUCCUACUACACAAAUACACACCACCAGUGCUCUUCCUACUACACAAUUACCCACCACCAGCACUCUUCCUACUACACAAUUACCCACCACCACCAGCACUCUUCCUACUACACAAUUACCCACCACCACCACCACCACACUUCCUACUACACAAAUACCCAUCUCCACCACCACCACUCUUCCUACUACACAUUUACCCACCAGCACUAUCACUUUUCCUACUACACAAUUACCCACCACCACUCUUCCUACUACACAAUUACCCAACACCACCAGCACUCUUCCUACUACACAGUUACCUAUUACCAACACCACCAGCACUCUUCCUACUACACAGUUACCUACCACCAGCACUCUUCCUACUACACAAUUACCCACCACCACCAGCACACUUUAUACUACACAGUUACCUACCACCAGCACCACCAGCACUCUUCUUACUACACAAUUACCUACUACCUUCACUCUUCCUACUACACAGCUACAUACCACCAGCACUCUUCCUACUACACAAUUACCAACCACCACCAGCACUCUUCCUAUUACACAGUUACAUACCACCAGCACCACCAGUGCUCUUCCUACUACACAGUUACAUACCACCAGUGUUCUUCCUACUACACAGUUACCCACCACCAGUGCUCUUCCUUCUACACAGUUACCCAUCACCACCACCACCACCACACUUCCUACUACACAAUUACCCACCACCACCAUACUCCCUACUACACAAUUACCCACCAUCAGCAGCACUCUUUCUAUGACACAAUUAUCCACCACCACCACCACCACUCUUCCUACUACACAAUCACCGACCACCAGUACUCUUCCUACUACACAAUUACCCACCACCAGCAUUCUUCCUACUACACAAUUACCCACCACCACCACUUUUCUAACUACACAAUUACCCACCACCGCCACUCUUCUUACUACAAAGGUUCCUUCCACCAGUGCUCUUCCUACUACACAAUUACCCACCACCAGCACUCUUCCUACUACACAAUUACCCACCACCACCAGCACUCUUCCUACUACACAAAUACCCACCACCAGUGCUCUUCCUACUACACAAUUACCCACCACCACUAGCACUCUUCCUACUACACAAUUACCCACCACCACAAGCACCACCACCACUCUUCCUACUACACAAUUACCUACCACCAGCAGCACUCUUCCUACUACACAAAUACCCACCACCAGUGCUCUUCCUACUUCACAAUUACCCACUAUCAGCACUCUUCCUACUACACAAUUACCCACCACCACCACCAGCGCCAUCACUCUUCCUACUACACAAUUACCCACCACCAGUACUCUUCCUACUACACAAUUACCCACCACCAUCACUACUCUUCCUACUACACAAAUACCCACCACCACUCUUCCUACUACACAAUUACCCACCACCACCACUCUUCCUACUACACAAUUACCCACCACCACCAGCACUCUUCCUACUACACAAUUACCCACCACCAUCACUACUCUUCCUACUACACAAAUACCCACCACCACUCUUCCUACUACACAAUUACCCACCACCACCACUCUUCCUACUACACAAUUACCCACCACCACCAGCACUCUUCCUACUACACAAUUACCCACCACCAUCACUACUCUUCCUACUACACAAAUACCCACCACCACUCUUCCUACUACACAAUUACCCACCACCACCACCACUCUUCCUACUACACAAUUACCCUCUACCACCAGCACUCUUCCUACUACACAAUUAUCCACCACUACCACCACUCUUCCUACUACACAAUUACCCACCAGCACUUUUCCUACUACACAAUUACCCAACAGCACUCUUCCUACUACACAAUUACACACCACCACCACCACACUUCUUACUACACAAAUACACACCACCAGUGCUCUUCCUACUACACAAUUACCCACCACCAGCACUCUUCCUACUACACAAUUACCCACCACCACCAGCACUCUUCCUACUACACAAUUACCCACCACCACCACCACCACUCUUCCUACUACACAAAUACCCAUCUCCACCACCACCACUCUUCCAACUACACAUUUACCCACCAGCACUAUCACUUUUCCUACUGCACAAUUACCCACCACCACUCUUCCUACUACACAAUUACCCAACACCACCAGCACUCUUCCUACUACACAGUUACCUAUUACCAACACCACCAGCACUCUUCCUACUACACAGUUACCUACCACCAGCACUCUUCCUACUACACAAUUACCCACCACCACCAGCACACUUUAUACUACACAGUUACCUACCACCAGCACCACCAGCACUCUUCUUACUACACAAUUACCUACUACCUUCACUCUUCCUACUACACAGCUACAUACCACCAGCACUCUUCCUACUACACAAUUACCAACCACCACCAGCACUCUUCCUAUUACACAAUUACAUACCACCAGCACCACCAGUGCUCUUCCUACUACACAGUUACAUACCACCAGUGUUCUUCCUACUACACAGUUACCCGCCACCAGUGCUCUUCCUUCUACACAGUUACCCAUCACCACCACCACCACACUUCCUACUACACAAAUACCCAUCUCCACCACCACCACCACUCUUCCUACUACACAUUUACCCACCAGCACUAUCACUUUUCCUACUACACAAUUACCCACCACCACUCUUCCUACUACACAAUUACCCAACACCACCAGCACUCUUCCUACUACACAGUUACCUAUUACCAACACCACCAGCACUCUUCCUACUACACAGUUACCUACCACCAGCACUCUUCCUACUACACAAUUACCCACCACCACCAGCACACUUUAUACUACACAGUUACCUACCACCAGCACCACCAGCACUCUUCUUACUACACAAUUACCUACUACCAGCACUCUUCCUACUACACAGCUACAUACCACCAGCACUCUUCCUACUACACAAUUACCAACCACCACCAGCACUCUUCCUAUUACACAGUUACAUACCACCAGCACCACCAGUGCUCUUCCUACUACACAGUUACAUACCACCAGUGUUCUUCCUACUACACAGUUACCCACCAUCAGUGCUCUUUCUUCUACACAGUUACCCAUCACCACCACCACCACACUUCCUACUACACAAUUACCCACCACCACCAUACUCCCUACUACACAAUUACCCACCAUCAGCAGCACUCUUUCUUUGACACAAUUAUCCACCACCACCACUCUUCCUACUACACAAUCACCGACCACCAGUACUCUUCCUACUACACAAUUACCCACCACCAGCACUCUUCCUACUACACAAUUACCCACCACCACCACUUUUCUAACUACACAAUUACCCACCACCGCCACUCUUCUUACUACAAAGUUUCCUUCCACCAGUGUUCUUCCUACUACACAGUUACUCACCACCACCACCACUCUACUUACUACACAAUUACCGACCACCACCAUCACUCUUCCUAAUACACAGUUACUUACCACCGGCGUUCUUCCUACUACACAGUUACCUACAACCAGCAAUCUUCCUACUACACAGUUACCUUCCACCAGCACUCUUUUUACUACACAGUUAAUCACCAUCACCACUACUCUUCCUACUACACAGUUACUCACCACUACCACUGUUCCUACUACACAAUUACCCAUCACCACCACCACUCUUCCUACUACACUGUUACCUACUACCAGUGCUCUUCCUACUACACAGCUACCUACCACCAGCAAUCUUCCUACUGCACAGCUACCUACCAUCAGCAAUCUUCCUACUACACAGUUACCUACCACCAGCGAUCUUUCUACUAUACAGUUACCUACCACCAGCAAUCUACCUACUACACAGUUACCUACAACCAGUGCUGAUCCUACUACGCAGUUCUACCGCAUUACCACAUCAACUACUGAUAAGCAUGCUGAAACUACUGGUUAUUCAACACAAGCUCCUCCUGUAUACACAAAAGGCCCAUUGUCAAGCCAAAUGGCAACUACCUCAGCCACCACUACACCGAUUACAGAUGUCAGCCAGCUUACUACCAGCACCGCACCAUCUACUUACACACCAACUCUGCCAGUAUAUGGAACAGUUUCCCUCAUCUAUGUCCCCCUUACCCCAUCCCCUUAUCUUUCAUAUCUGUCAUCCUCUUCUGCCUCUGUAUCCAUCACUCCAAUCUCCGUGGGAGAGGAACAGUUCUGUCAUGAACUUGCAGGAGGGAAAGGGGAGAAAUUAUGCUGUGACUUUAAACCUACUGUAUCAGCCACUGAGAGAUUGCUAGUCUAG